AUGUCUUCGAAUUCACCUCAACCGACCGAUCUGUCGAUUCCGUCGAUGGCAGACUGCCAUCUGCGGCUCAUGAUGCUCCUCCAUCAACAGCAACAGACCCUCCUACCGAUGCAGUUCGCGUCCUCGUUUGACGUGCCUAACCCCCUUCUUGGCCACACGUUCCCGAAUCUCAACCGAUUUCUCCUGCACGAGGACCCGAAGCCCCAACAUUCUUACAUAGGGCUCAUCGCCAUGGCGAUCCUGAGUUCACCCGAGCAGAAAAUGGUGCUCUCCGACAUCUACCAGUACAUAUUGGACAACUACCCGUACUUUCGGAACCGCGGACCGGGCUGGAGGAACUCUAUCCGACACAAUCUCUCGUUGAACGACUGCUUCAUCAAAGCUGGACGGAGUGCAAACGGGAAAGGUCAUUACUGGAGUGUCCAUCCUGCGAAUCUCGAAGAUUUCAGUCGCGGAGAUUUCCGGAGACGUCGCGCUCAGCGGAAAGUCAGAAAACACAUGGGACUCUCGGUGCCUGACGAUGACGAUAGUCCAUGCGCGAGUCCGUGUUCUCAACCCAUUCCCCCACCAGCCUUCACCCUGUGUCAGCCCUUCGCGGCGCCUGCGCUGCCGAGACGCACUUUCGACAUGGAGAGUCUCCUAGCACCGGAACCGAAAUUUCGUCCACCGGUUUGGUCGCCGUUGCUCGUCCCUCCGAAGAUUCUGGAUAUCGAAGCUCCGAAAACCGAGAACCGUUUGAAUUGA